AUGGCACACACAGACUCUCACAACAGGUCCUCCUCGGAGGGCGUCGCCAAGAUCUCGGGCCAACAGCGCCGUGCUCUUGCCAACUUAUCCACAAACUUGGCUGGGCCCACCCGCAUCAGCAAACGUGAGGAUGUCAAGCGCAGACGGCACGAUCCUCGCGAGCCGGGCCAGGAAAACGGCCCGGCCGUGCCUUCGUCGGUCACCUCCUCGGACCCUCGUGUUUUGUACUCUGAUGACCUUACCGUCAGAGAACACUUUGAGUCCAUAGCGGUGGGCUCCAGCCGCCUCGAUCAUUUCGACUCGGACUCCAACACUCCCCACUCGGUGGUUUCGCAAAAGCUCGCCGAAGAACACCACCACCACGUUGACGCACAUUCUGAUGACAGUGAUGUGCACAACGAACACAAACUCGUAGAAGAGAAUUUUGAAGAAGCCGACGACGACGAUGACGACGCUGAUGAAGAAGAAACAUACUACGAGCGUCAACAGGCUCCGGCCCUGUGUGAGCCGCAAGAACCUCGUUGGAACAGACACAUCUUCAGCGAGUUGCAACGCAUCAUGCAGAAAUACUCUCGCACAACCUUGGACGCAGACGAUGAAGACACAUAUGAUGUGACCAUGGUAGCCGAGUAUGCGCCCGAAAUCUUCAACUACUUGCAUGAGCUCGAACACAAAUUGGCGCCCGAUCCCAACUACAUGAAGAACCAGAGCGAGUUGAAGUGGGAGAUGCGUGCUGUGUUGAUCGACUGGGUUGUCCAAGUCCACCAGCGCUUCAACCUUCUCCCCGAGACCUUGUUUCUUACCGUCAACUAUAUCGACAGAUUUCUCAGUCGAAGAAGAGUCUCUUUGGCCCGCUUUCAGUUAGUCGGCGCUGUAGCGUUAUUCAUCGCCGCCAAAUACGAAGAAAUCAACUGCCCAACCGUUCAGGAAGUCGCCUACAUGGCUGAUAAUGCCUACACGGUUGACGAUUUCUUCAAGGCAGAGCUGUUCAUGAUUGACGUGUUGGAGUUCGAUAUGGGCUGGCCCGGACCAAUGUCAUUUUUGCGCCGUACAUCCAAGGCAGAUGAUUACGACUACGAAACGCGCACGUUGGCCAAGUACUUCCUUGAAGUUACGAUCAUGGACGAACGAUUCGUCGCCUCGCAGCCUUCUUGGCUUGCUGCUGGCGCACACUAUUUGCUGCGUAAGAUCCUCAACAAGGGGCCAUGGACAGAACUUCACGUCUUUUACUCUGGCUACACAGAAGAACAAUUGAGACCAUUGGCUAAAAUCUACUUGGAGGUUUGCCUGGAUGCAGAAAAUCACCACAAGGCCAUCUUUGAAAAGUACCAAGAACGUAGAUACAGACGUCUGUCUCUCUUCGUUCAGGAAUUUCUCACAGCCAUGCGUUAA